UUUUGCUGGUUUACUGCAAAAAUUUUAAGCAGUUUAUCGACGAUUUUGUGAUUUUCCUAUUAUUAAAGAAAACAUUACCAACAUUACAAAAAAUGACUACCUAUCUAACCGAUAGUGAUGGAAAAUUUAUCCCAGCGACUCAACGACCGGAUGGAACAUGGCGCAAAGCUCGCCGCGUUAAAGACGGCUAUGUACCACAAGAAGAGGUGCCCUUGUACGAAAGCAAAGGUAAGCAAUUUGCGCAACGUAAGAGCACGCUUCCGCCUGGUAUGUGUCCACUUGUGGCCGAGCAGACAAAAAAAGAACGAGAAAAGCAAGAGCGUGCCAAAGCAAAGAAGGUCGCAAAGCAACAGGAAAAUUCCGUCGGGCCUAAAUCAAUUAAUAGUGGAACGAGUAACAAUAAAAAAGUUAAGCAACCUCAAUCACAAACACAACAAAUACCUGGAUUGCUCGUUCUGGCUAACAACGGAACGUCUAAGGCAACGUCCUCCAAAGUUAAUACCAACGUUAAUAAGACAAGUACAAAUAAUAACGAUGCUGUUGUUAAACUAGCCAGUGAAUUGCAGGCAUCGCUGCAAAUCCAGUCAGAUGAAGGACUUGAUACAUCGAAAAAAUUGAAAAAGCUUCGAAAAAAGUUACGUGAAAUAGAGACAAUCGAGCAAAGAAUCAAAAGUGGUGAACUGAAGAAACCCGAAAAAGAUCAACUAGAUAAAGUGAAGCGGAAAAAGGAUGUUAUUAAAGAAAUUAAGCAGCUUGAAGAGGAAGAAGAAUCCCUAGGUAAAGUCAAAGGAACCGACUAAAAUUGGCAUGCCAAGAUCUUAUGCGCACACUGUAAAACUCCAAAGUGCCAUGGAACAACUAAGCGAAACACUAAAUUUGCUGUACGUCAUCACCCACUGAUUAUCUGUCUAUCGGAACGGAUACCAGCUAAUGUUAUGCAUACACACACAUAAAUAACCGUUCUAGUGUUAAUAUUGUAAAAGUUUAUUAUUUUACUUUACAUUUACAUACAAUUUUGGGCUUAUUAUUUCUUGCUUUAAGUGAGUCAACUUGUAGAAAUAUUAAAAGAUUUAAUUUGUCUGCCAACAUAAUUGUGCAUGCGAAAUUAUUUUGUUAACUAUUGUAUAUUAAAAUCUCAUCAAAAUUUCGGUCUUUAUUUGCACAGAUUUCAAUUAAGUGUUAAAUUAUGUAUGUACAGUGUUCUGCAAGUGUCAGAAUUUUGCAUGAUAUUUUAGUUUAAUUGAAUUAUUUGAUAUUAUGCUUUCGUUUUAUCUAAAAAAAACGUUAAAUAUGUAUUUAUAGCAAAUUGCAUAAUUUAAUCAUGUUCAUACGUUUAUUUGUGCAUUAUAUACUAAGCUUAUCAAAAACAAAGGAGUGAAGCAAUCUUUAUUUUCUAAAACGCAAAAUUUAAAAUCUUUGUGAUGCUCUUUUAAAUUUAAUUAUCAUAUACAUAGUUAAGUCUUCAAUUAUUUAUACUGAUAAUAAUACAAGUAUACAAC